AUGUCUCGCAAGAUGCAGACCUUCGUAACGAUCGUGCUUUUAUUCGCUGUCGUAUCCGUGGUGGAGCUGAAAUCGGAGUCAAAGAAGCAUAAACGCGGAGUAGCGUUUUUCGGAUCGCCUGAUUUCUUUGGAAUUAUGCCAGCCUUUGCUCCUUCAUGGGCUCCGACGGGUUUUGCUGCUUCAGCCUGGAACCCCCCGAUCAGCCCAGACGUAGCGCUCGCACAAGUCCAAGUUCAAGCCACACACGAUGUAGCGCUUCAGGCGCUGAGGGAUCCGGCGCCCGGUACGCCCAGCAUCGCGUACCCGCCCGAGGUUCUGAAAGCGAUUCAGCAAGCGAAAGAGGCGAACAACAAUGUUGCCAUGGCUCAGCACAAAGUUGCGGAGGCGAAGCAAGCUGCGUUGAUUCAGCAGAAAAUUGCAUUGGCAAAGGAGGCGGCGGCAAGGGAAGCUGCCGCGAGGUCGCAUGAAAUUUCGCAAUAUGCCGAGACCGAGGCUAAAGCCAGUGCUCGACAGCUCGUGGCACUGCAACAGAGAUUAGCAACCCUAAAGGAUUCUGUAGCAGCUGCACAGAGAGUAGCAGCGGCGAGAGAAGCCGCCGCAGCUGCGGCGAUCCAAAGAAACGCGGCAAACACCGCCGCGGAAUUGCGGAAGCUGGAUGUUGAUAAGCAAAUUAAUCAGUCCGAGCAGGAGGCUAAGGAAAAGGAUGUAUUAGCUGCGAAGGAAAACGCGAUAGCAGCUGCGGUCCAGCAUGCGAGCUUACAGAAAGCUGCUCAUCAUCCUUGGGGUUGA